CGGACCCUGCGAUGGAAGCGUGUCCUCGAGGGCCGGGUAACCAACUGUGGGUGACGAGGCGGCGGAGGUGGGUCUCGAGCGCCCCUCCAGGCCUCGAGUACCCCGAGCUGCUGGCGCUCGCCGCUGCCCGCCCCUGCCAGCCCCUCCCAGGAGUGUGUAGAGCGCGUGUGCAGAGGCGUGGGGAGCCAGCGCAGCGAGGACCAUGUUGCUUCCGAACAUCCUGCUCACUGGUACACCAGGGGUUGGAAAAACUACGUUAGGCAAAGAACUUGCAUCAAGAUCAGGACUGAAAUACAUUAAUGUGGGUGAUUUAGCUCGAGAAGGGCAGUUAUAUGAUGGCUAUGAUGAAGAAUAUGACUGUCCCAUUUUAGAUGAAGAUAGAGUAGUUGAUGAGUUAGAAAACCAGAUGAGUGAAGGUGGAGUUAUUGUUGAUUACCAUGGCUGUGAUUUCUUCCCUGAACGCUGGUUUCAUAUAGUAUUUGUGCUGAAAACAGAUAACAGUAUUUUGUACAAAAGACUUGAAAAUAGGGGUUAUAAUGAAAAGAAAUUAAAAGAUAAUGUUCAGUGUGAAAUUUUUCAAGUUCUUCAUGAAGAAGCCUUAGCAUCCUACAAGGAAGAAAUAGUGCAUCAACUGCCAAGCAAUAAACCAGAAGAUCUAGAGGAUAAUAUCAAUCAGAUACUGAAAUGGAUUGAGCAGUGGGUCAAAGAUCACAGUUCUUAACAAGAAUGGCCACUGCACAAUCACUCUUGAUAUCUCUCUGCUAAUGUCACAUAAAUUAUCCAGUUAUCAGUAAAACUUUCUUAUUGAAAUUGUGCUGUUAGACUAGGAGGUGGAUAGUAUAAAGGUUUAUGUUUGGGUUUUUUUCUCUAUGAGAAAGCUAAACUCGAAUAUAAUGAAUAAUACUAUUAAGGAUUGAGAGUUAAAACUGUAAAAGUUUAUUACAUAAGAAAAUCAAGAUGAUCUCUUAAAAUAAAACACAGGUUAAAGAUAAAGCA